CAUGGUGAAUGGUGAUAAGUGAUAACAAAACGAUUCAAAUGUCAAAUAUUAAAUUGAAAGUGAAACAGAAAUUAAAUAACUGUUUAAUGAGUAAUGACUACAAUUAUUCAAUUAUGAUGAUCUCUAUUCUCUGUGACUCGGUCCGCUGACUACUAGGUACUAGUAUUUAUUAAUUUAGUAACUUUCAACGUUAAGAAUUAUUAAAAUUAACUUGUUAUAAAUAAACAAACAUUUAUUCCUACCAGAUUAGAAUUACGAGUUUUCUUAUUUAGUGUCAUCGACAAUUUAAAUUUAUAAUUUUUUGAUAAAUAUAAAUUACCCUUAAAUGCUUAACUAUGUUUUUGGAUAACAAAAAUAUAAUAUUGCUGUCAACUGGAUCUUUUAACCCACCAACAAAUAUGCAUUUGCGAAUGUUUGAAAUCGCCCGAGAUCACUUAAAUCGUUUGGGUCAUACAAUUUGUGGUGGUUUGAUGUCACCUACCCAUGAUUCGUAUAAAAAGAAAGAUCUAGCACCGUCAUUACAUAGGUGUGCAAUGAUCGAGCAAGCUCUAGUUGCAUUACCUUGGGUGAAGAUGUCCGAUUGGGAAGUAAAACAAAACGGUUGGACAAGAACGAGACAAGUACUACAAUAUCAUCAAAAUCAUCUCAAUAUGAUAAUCACUUCUAGACUAAAUGGUGCUAUAAAAGUUGAUACUUCAUUAUUCCCACUCCAAUUUAUUGAAAAUCUCGAUGCCAAUGAUUCAAACCAAAACAGAGCAGUGAAUGUAAGACUUUUGUGUGGUGCUGAUUUAUUGGAAUCUUUUGCUGUUCCAGGGUUAUGGAAUGAUGAUGACAUAGAAGCUAUUGUUCGAGAUUAUGGUUUGGUUGUUGUUAGUCGUUCGGGAUCCAAUCCUCAUAAAUUUAUUUAUGAAUCCAAUGUUCUAACUAAAUACAUGGCAAACAUUAUUGUUGUAACUGAAUGGAUAACAAAUGAAGUUAGUUCGACAAAAGUACGUAGAGCAUUGUCUCGUAAUGAAAGUGUAAAAUUUCUUAUUAGCGAGUUGGUUGAAUCGUAUAUCAAAGAACACGGUCUUUAUGAAACUCUGAAUAAUAAGUACUCAAAUAAUGAUAUAUUGGAUGUAAACUCGAAAACUAUUUUCUUGUCACCCUCUCCUAGCAAUAAAACUCAUAAAACAUAUCAAAUGGAUGACAAAAAACUUAAUAUUGAUGAACCUGAUAAUCUACCUUGUACUGAAAAAAGAGUUAUUAACUGUGAAAAAACAAAGGUAAAAAGAAAGAAAAAACGCUAUCAGUAAAUCAGAUACUCUGUUUAGAAAUUUGGUAGUCAAUCAAUUGUUUUGUUGUUUACUAAUUGUUUUCUAUUAGUUUAAAUUUAAAAUAGUUGCAUGAAGAUUGGUGCUAUGAUUUUGCCUGUUUCUAUUAUUAGUGUUAUGAUGUAGGUAUGGUGUUUAAAAUGUUUUUUUAUAUGUACUUACAUUUGUUAUUUAAUACAUUAUUUUCAGUGUGUUAUUUUUAUUAUUUAAUACUAUAUUUUAUUCUGUUGUAUUUUAUCUUUAAAAUGUGAGUAUGUUUCUAUUAUAAUUUGUAGGUUUUCCUAAAUAAUUAAUCAAAUAAUUAAUUAUUGUAAUGUUAUAAAUAUUUUUAACAAUUGUUUUCAAAUUUCAUGAAAAUAAAUAUAAACUGUUCAAUUAUAAA